CGCGAGCGGGACUCGGACGGAAUACGGGAUCAUGAUGCAUUGAUGUGCCUGUUUUAAGCAGCGUCAGCACCACGCUCUCCCACGACGGCCCCCGUUGCUGCUCUGCCCACCUCAGCCUCUCCUUUCGAGUCCCGCAGAACAAUUGCACCGCCAGCGCGCCUGAUCGUUUCCUCGGGACGCUCUUUCCCCCUAAUUUCGCUAUUCCGCGGCAUCCGACGGCGCGCAGCGCAGCAUCAUCAUCUCUGGCCCUGCCGCAGCAGUAAUAUACUUCGCCGCCAGCCGCCACGCCUGCACGCAACACGCCGCAUAGCUCGUCGACAUACCCCACCGCCGUCAUGGCGAGCAACGUCACCUCCUACGACCUGCCUCCGCUGCCCGAAUACACGCUGAAACCUCUUACACCACUCGUCUCCUGGGCGUCAGACGCCGCCGUACAAACAGCACUCCCGAUCGUAGCAUACUGGGCCGUCUCGCUCAUCUUCCACGCAAUCGACGUAUACGAACUGUUCGCCCAGUAUCGUCUGCACACGCCUGCCGAAGUUCUCAAGCGCAACCAUGUUACUCGCUGGGAGGUGUUUCGCGACGUUGUUCUGCAGCAGGUUAUCCAGUCGAUAGCCUUGAUGGGGUUGUCUUACUACGACGAGGCGCUCACCACCGGCACCGCAGAGUACGACGUGGCCUGGUACGCGCAGAAGCUGCGUCUCGUACAGCGCACUGUUCCUCUCAUUCUAUCGACGGUCGGACUCAACCCCACCGGACUGGCCACCAAGCUGUCUGCCGCACAGCCCACCUUGGCAGCCGUCGUUGCGGGAGGACGCUACCCAGGACUGCCUGCCUUUGCUUCGUGGGAGCUCGGCACUGCAAGCUUCCUGUACUGGUAUGUCGUGCCUGCGGUCCAGUUUAUGGCUGCUAUCGUCAUCAUCGAUGCCUGGGAGUACAUGCUCCACCGCGCCAUGCACAUGAACAAGUGGCUCUACGUGACCUUCCACUCGCGCCAUCACCGUCUCUACGUCCCCUAUGCCUACGGCGCUCUGUACAACCACCCUCUCGAGGGCUUCGCUCUCGAUACGCUUGGUGGAGGUCUUGGAUACCUCCUCACAGGAAUGACAAUGCGCCAGUCGAUGUGGUUCUUUACUGGAUCUACCAUCAAGACCGUUCUGGACCACAGCGGCUACGAGUUCCCCUACGACCCUCUCCACUACAUUUUCCCUAACAACGCCGCCUACCACGACAUUCAUCACCAAAGCUGGGGCAUCAAGACAAACUUCUCUCAACCAUUCUUCGUGUACCUUGACCGCAUUGGUGGCACCAUGUACAAGGGCGACACAGCAUCCAAGUAUGAGCGUUCGCGACGCACUGCGCAGCAGAAGUUUGAUCAGGAGAAGGAGAACGAGCUUAACGCGGUCUUGGCAGAUGUUGCUAGUGACGGGAACUUGCGCGCACAAGGAGCUUCUACUCCUCGCAUCUCGCGCAAGAAGGCUUUGAGUAUCUCGUCCUCGGCUGGGGGCUUCAAGGACCUGACGAACAAAGUUAAUCAGAACCUGCACGGCAGGGGCGCUGGUGUUCUACGAGCUGAGAGCUCGCGUUGAGCGUCACGCUCAUUCGAGUGGUUGCAUACAAGCAUUUGCGAUAACUAAUGUAUAGUUUCUGGUACACACAAUUUUCGCCUUCAACUGUAUUACUUCAUUCAACAUCUUUUCGACAUCUUCGUCUAGCCCGGCGUGGCACUUUGGGACGCUUUCUGCUUCGUGGCUACGAGCUCGUCGUUCGCUUCAUGGGCUUAUGAGGUUGGGAAUCGGCGUCUGGGCGGUUUCAUGACGAUACUGAAUCGAUCUUGUUCUUCUUUGCAUCUCAUUUUUACCCCCC